AUGCCACCAUAUUCAGAACCAAUUCACUAUCAAGUCGACAUCAAUCGUUUACCCAAUGAGCUUCUCGUCAGGAUCAUCCAAUUCCUUCCACCUCACGAUGCGAUGCUAUCGGCAGCGCAGGUGUCGAAGCGAUGGCGGCAGCUCAUCGUUCACAAUCUUGUACGGGUCCCAAGAAUUCCUGCACACUGCCAUGACUACCGAUCUAAGCGUCGAGCAUGUCUUCGCGGCAACGACUCCCGCUUGCGGGCGAUCUACAUACAGCACAAGCGAUGUGGGAUGAAUGCCGAAUGGGACUCAAAAGGUGGCGUUCAGAAAGUUGAUUCUGCCACGUUGCUGUCCUACCUCGAUAUUGUCGCUCUUCGAGUCGAUGUUCUGAAAAGGGGACGACGGUUGAUAGCGAGACGAGUAGAUGAGCGAUUCGCACAUGCCGUCGCAUUCUGCGAGGAAAUGUGUGGUACUCUAGAUCCAAAGUCUUUAUUGUUGUGCUCACAAAACCCGUACUUCUCAUGGUGCAUGGGCGAGGAGUCGCUGCGGCGUGUUCAGCGGUAUCAAAGCGGCUUUGGAUCUUCGAAAACUCAAAGAAAUCCGAAUGCGACUGGACGCGAAACAUCAAAACGAAGUCGAAAACAUCCUAUGGGUAGACGUGUGCAGGGUUCGCUAUUGUCGUCAUUAGCAGAGGCGCACGUGCGCUGUUUGGACUUCUCGGCGUUCUCCGAGUCUCCUGCUGCUAUCACUGCAAUCACUGCCGACGACAUGUGCCAAUUUAUUAAGGCGUGGCGAACACUCUUGGUCCCAUGGAUGAUCAAGUCAAUCCUGUUCAAUUCGACAGUAACCAUCAGCGAGUUCCGUACCGUAGCUGCGCGUGCAGGUCUCUUUGCUGCUGCUCUUGCCGACAUACCGUAUUGUCGCUUCAGAACCUACCAUCCAUCAGACCCGAACGCGAAGCUUGAAUUGUCGUGUUACGGUAACGGG